CUCAGUGAGUGACGAAUCCCCUCGCAUUAACAAUCGAACUAAAAAUUCUCUGAUCUCGUCUUGUGAUAAAACCACUGACGUCCAUGCAUCGCAGUCGGUAGUCCAAGAACCCCCGAGGAAAACUAGCCCCAAAAGCCUCUUGCCCCCCAACAACCAUUGAUCCACUGGAUAAUAGUGCAAUUCAGUAAUUAAUCAAUCGCUCUGGCAGUCGUCACUCGUCAAAUAAAACAACAACAACGACAGAUGAUAAAUAGACCUUGAUUGGACGAGGACAGGACUGUUUUGAGCAACUGCUGGACAGCCACUCGUAGGGGAAUCAAGACGUUGGGAAAGGGGCAUUUAUUCUUCGAGGAUCAGAGGAUUGAAUGGUGUUAACCUUAUAGAAAAAUCAUGCCUCUGUUCGGAAAGUCUCAAAAAAGUCCGGCGGAGGUUGUGAAGGCUCUCAAAGAGGCGGUCAAUGCACUGGAGCGUGGAGACAAGAAGGUGGAAAAGGCCCAGGAAGAUGUCAGCAAAAAUCUCGUUCACAUAAAGAAUAUGCUGUACGGAACAGCUGAGACUGAGCCCCAGGCGGACAUCGUCGUUGCCCAAUUGGCCCAAGAAUUGUACAACAGCAAUCUACUGCUCCUUCUCGUACAGAACCUUAGUCGCAUUGACUUCGAGGGGAAGAAAGAUGUCGCCCAGGUAUUCAAUAACAUUCUGCGAAGACAAAUUGGCACACGAUCACCGACAGUGGAAUACAUCUGUACGAAACCAGAAAUAUUGUUUACACUUAUGUCUGGGUACGAGUACCAAGAUAUUGCACUCAACUGUGGUACGAUGCUGAGAGAGUGUGCACGGUAUGAGGCACUCGCUAAAAUUAUGAUUUACUCCGACGACUUUUAUAACUUCUUUAGAUACGUCGAGGUUUCCACAUUCGAUAUUGCAUCAGAUGCCUUUUCUACGUUUAAGGAAUUGCUUACAAGGCACAAAAUCUUAAGUGCCGAAUUUUUAGAAGUCAAUUACGACAAAGUUUUUUCCCACUACCAGAGGUUGUUGAACUCGGAGAACUACGUGACACGCCGACAGAGUUUGAAACUACUCGGCGAACUUCUGCUGGACAGACACAAUUUUACAGUGAUGACUCGAUAUAUAUCGAAUCCAGAUAAUCUGAAGCUGAUGAUGAAUAUGCUGAAGGAGAAGUCGCGUAAUAUCCAAUUUGAGGCCUUUCACGUAUUCAAGGUAUUCGUUGCUAAUCCAAACAAGCCAAAACCAAUUCUGGAUAUUCUCCUCCGCAAUCAAGAGAAACUCAUAGAAUUCCUGACGCGCUUCCACACAGAUAGAUCCGAGGAUGAGCAGUUCAACGACGAGAAAGCAUAUCUCAUAAAGCAGAUCAAAGAGUUAAAGUCUGUAAAUGAUAAUUAAAAGCACCACAACAAAAUCAGCCCAUCGGAUUUAUUCUUAAGUUUAUCACCAAUUUUUCUUUUUCUUAUUUCGUCAUUUAAUUGAACGAUUGAACUCUUUUCCAAGGUAGUGUAAAUAAAAAAAAUUUACAUUCGUGAGAUCAUUGUAAAAUAGACUCCAGACGUUAUAAUACUCUACUCUAACGAGAAAAAAAUCAUCCAGACGUUGAUUACGAAUUAUUUGCACCCACCACCCCAGGGAUUGCCAGGGAAAUUCACAUUUUCCCAUUGGAAAAAAAUGUACCUGGGGACUUUUAAUGGCAGCUACAAACGUAAAUCUCGUGCCUAUUCGUAUCUUAUUUAUCAUAUGUAAUUGUUGCAACGGGAAUAUCCAUUACUGCAUCGUGGACUGUUGUAAAUUGUGAUACAAAGAAAAUUAAUAAUUAAUGGGGACAGUUUGGCGAGUGUUUUGGAACAGGGGGAAUCAUAUUUUAAUUUUAUAUCCGAUCGUAGCGAGAGUUCGCAGAUAAGAGGCAUUUUCAUUGGAGUUGUUUAACCC